AAAAGUUAAUUAAGUAAAAUGAUGAUGGAAAUGUAUUUGUAUUGGACAGCCAAAUGUGAGUUUAUAUUUGAAAGGUAAUUUGAAUAAGUACAUAAAAGCUGGAGAAUUUAUGAUGAUUAGCCAUUCUUAUUAUUUUGUGGUUGUUUCUUAUCUUGCUUAUAUGCUAUUAUUCAUAUCAUUUAUAUGCUUUAAGGAGAUAAAGUUUAAAUCUUUUUGAAAUAAUAUAUGUAUUAAGAAUGUUUCAUCCUAUUAGGUCAAGAAGAGUGGGAUUUUCUAUUUAUUAAUUCUUUCUAACUUUAUCAAGUAUGAUUACAAUGAUGUUAUUAAUGACAAUGAAUGGAUGGGUUAAUUUAGCAGUUGGAAUAGGAUACACUAUCGGUUAUGGCAUUUCAUAAAUCACUAAAUCAAAAUCAAAAUACACACAAGUUGAUACCAUAUGA